UCAAUAAUUUUGAUUAGUUCACCGGAAACGAAUUCGAAGAGAUGAUUCCCGUAAGAAUGCGGAGGUAUUCAAAUUCAACACUCGAUUUUCUUCGUUUUCAACUCUCACAGUUACAGAUUCUUCGUUUCUCGACUCUUGUAAGAAAACGAAAAAGUUCUUCUUCUUCUUCUUCUGGUGGAAUCCAAAAAUCUCAGUACCCGGAAACGGCUGAUACUUCUUCAAGCUUCAGGUCGCUCUUCAAUGAGAUUACUGAGAUUUUGGGUUCUGAGAGUUGUGUUCGUGAUAAGAUAUCUUUUCGGGAUUUGGGGUUGAAAGGAAGUACAGAAGGGGACUCUUUGAAUGGGGAAGAACAGUUACCUUGCGUCCCAGAUGGUUGUAAAAAUGCCGAGCAAGAAACUGAAGGUGCCCAGUUGGUCGUCUUGGAAGAAAAUGAUGUUAGUUCGGUUGUUCAUCAAAUUACAGCCGUCAUUCGUGGUGGAAAUGGGUUGGUUUCGAUGGAAGAGAGAUUGGGAAGUUUGGAUGUUAUGUUCAGUUCCGAGAUUGUGGAGAAAGUUCUGAAGAGGUGUUUUAAAUUCCCACAUUUGGCUCUUGGGUUCUUCAAUUGGGUGAAAUCCAGAGAUGGGUUUCAAUGUACAACUAAUGUUUUCAACACAGUGCUUAGUAUAGCUGGUGAAGCUAGAGAUUUGAAGCUCAUUGACAAGUUAUUGGAGGAAAUGGAGAGUUACUCUUUGCAGAAGGAUAUCAAGACUUGGACCAUUCUCAUCUCUCUCUAUGGAAAUGCAAAGUUAACUGGAAAAUCCUUGAUGGUUUACAGUAAGAUGAAGGAAAGUGGCUGUGAACCAGAUGGGGUCGUUUACAAGACUUUAAUCUGUUCACUCUCUGCUGCUGGGAAGCCUGAACUUGCCAUGGAGUUUUAUCAAGAGAUGGCCAAGAAAGGAAUUAGCGUUGUUGACAUGAAAAUGUGCAAGGUGCUGUUGAGUUCUCUGGCUGGAUCAGGAGAUACAGCCUCUGUUCUUGACAUUGCAAAGGACAUGGUAGCAUUGUUUAAUGUUCAAGAACGUGAUGUGUAUCAUUAUAUUCUCAAGAGUUUCUGCAUUUCCAGGAGAAUUAAAGAAGCUCUAGAGUUCAUUCGUGACCUCAAUAGUAAAGGUAUAGUACUAGACACCGAAUACUUUGAGAUUCUGGUUGGAGGACUCUGUCGUGCUAAUCGUAUUGAGGAUGCGUUGGAACUGAUCAAUAUUAUAAAGAGGAAAACUGAUGUUGAUGGGAAGAUAUAUGGCAUUAUCAUUAAUUGGUAUUUAAGGAAAAAUGAAGUUUCGAAGGCUCUUGAUCUGUUUCAAAACAUGAAAGAAAUGGGGUAUUUUCCUACGACUUCAACUUACACUCAACUUAUGCAACAUCUCUUUAGUUUGGCUGAGUAUGAGAAAGGCUUUGAGCUUUAUAAGGAGAUGCUGGAGAAAGGUAUCGAAUUAGAUACAGUGGCAAUCAUGACCGUGGUUGUUGGUAAUGUCCGCCAAAACCGUAUAACUGAAGCAUGGAAUGUUUUCAGAACCAUGGAAAACAAGCCUACAUGGAAAUCCUGUUCAGUCUUCAUCUGGGAGCUUUUUAGGAUUUCAAGAACUGACGAGAUAGUCAAGGUUCUAAAUGAGAUGCAGGAAUUGAAUAUUGUCAUCCCCGACAAAUUAUUUCGAUCAGUAGUGUCUUACAUGGAGAAAAAGGGAGAUGUGAUCUGUUUAGAGAAAGUAAAGAAAAUGAGAAGUAUCGUUGAACUCUUUCCCCAAGAAGGUGAGAUAAAUAGAGAAAACGAGGCACCCAAGAUAAAAGAUAUUAGCAUGGAGGUGAACUUUAAGCACUCCAAACCAACAAGUGUCCCUUGUCACUUGGAGACACUUCCAAGAAACUACAGAGAGGAGGAUCUCGAUGAAAUUUACAAGAUCCUAUCAUCUUCGUCAGAUUGGAAACUAAUUAAGAAAGCAUUGGAAAACUGCAGCGUCGAGUUCAGCCCAGAACUAGUUAUCGAGAUAUUGCGCAAAUGUAGUUUGGAUGGUUGUGCUGCAUUCCAUUUUUUUGCCUGGGUAGGAAAGCAACCGGGUUAUAAUCAUACUACAGAAACUUACAACAUGGCUAUUAAAGUCGCCGGGCUCGGGAAAGAUUUCAAACACAUGAGAAGCCUUUUCUACGAAAUGAGAAGAAGGGGCUGCUCAAUAACUCCAUAUACUUGGACAAUCAUGAUCAUGCAAUAUGCUCGAGCGGGUCUUACAGAGAUUGCAUUGAAGUCAUUUGAAGAAAUGAAAGAAAGUAACAUCAAGCCAAAUGCCAAUACGUACAAGUAUUUGAUCAUGUCCCUUUGCGAGUCGAAACGGAUGAAGGUAGAUGAGUCCAUUACCUUGUUCCAAGAAAUGAUUCACUCUGAGUACAUUCCCGAUAAGGAAUUGUUAGAAACAUAUCUAGGUUGUUUAUGCAAACUCAGUAGGCUUUCAGAUGCUAGAAGAUGCAUAGAUCACCUCAGAAAAGUUGGUUUCUCAAUCCCCCUCAUUUACUCUUUAUACAUUCGAGCUCUUUGCCGUGCUAGGAAGUUAGACGAGGCAUUGACAUUACUACAAGAGGUAAUAGGGGAUGAGAGAUCCAAGCUAGAUAGCUACAUCUACGGAAGCCUCGUUCAUGGACUUCUACAAACAGGACGAACCGAAGAGGCAUUGGCAAAGAUGAACUCGAUGAAACAGGUCGGAAUAAAUCCAACUGUACACGUAUACACAUCAUUCAUAGUUUAUUCAUUCAAGGAAAAACAAACAAGAAGAGCUUUGGAAAUACUUGCAAAGAUGCUACAGGAGGGUUGUGAACCAUCACUUGCUACUUACUCAGCAAUCGUACAUGGAUACAUGAACAUGGGAAAAGUUUGUGAAGCAUGGAAAGUUUUCAAUUAUAUGAAGAAAAAUGGGCCGUCUCCUGAUUUUAAAGCUUACACAAUGCUGAUUUCUUGUUUGUGUAAAGCAGGGAGAUCUGAAGAAGCAUUGGAGAUUUUAUCUGAGAUGCUCAACAAUGGGAUUGCUCCCAGUAGUGUUAACUUCAGGACAGUUAUCUUUGGCCUGAAUAGAGAGGGGAAGCAUGUUUUGGCUCGUGAUGUACUUCAACAAAAAUUGGGUUUAAUUAGAAGAAGAAAAUUUCAAAUUUGACUUUUUUAGCAUUUGAAAGUUCCUUUGGAAGGGUUUGAUACAUCUACAGAGAAUUACAUUUAACAAAACAAAUAUUUCUUA